AUGACUGAUGUUGGACGACUUGCUAAGCUGAAAUGGUUUUUUGUAAUGAGCUAUGAUCUUCUCUUUACUGAUGAAGAGGUGGCUCCUAGUUUAAGUAAAGGUGAAAUGCACAUCUCUGUACGCAUACCUGAUACAUAUUAUGUACUUCUCUUUUUGGAAGAAGAUCAGUUUGAUAACUUGGACAAGCAUACGCAGUGGGGCAUUGACUUCUUGGAGAAAUACGCAAAAUUUGUAAAAGAAAGGAUAGAAAUUGAGCAAAACUAUGCAAAACAACUGAGAAAUCUGGUUAAGAAGUACUGUCCUAAACGUUCACCCAAAGAUGAGGAACCCAGGUUUACUUCAUGUAUUGCCUUUUUUAACAUCCUUAAUGAGUUGAAUGACUAUGCAGGACAACGAGAAGUAGUUGCAGAAGAAAUGGGACACAGAGUGUACGGAGAAUUGAUGAGAUAUUCUCAUGAUCUAAAAACUGAGAGAAAAAUGCAUCUUCAGGAAGGGCGAAAGGCUCAACAGUAUCUGGACAUGUGCUGGAAACAGAUGGAUAAUAGCAAAAAGAAAUUUGAGAGAGAAUGCAAAGAGGCAGAAAAGGCACAGCAAAGCUACGAAAGACUGGACAAUGACACUAAUGCGACAAAGGCUGAUGUUGAGAAGGCUAAGCAACAGUUAAACCUGCGCACACAUAUGGCUGAUGAAAAUAAAAAUGAAUAUGCUGCACAACUACAGAAUUUUAAUGGGGAACAGCACAAACACUAUUAUAUCGUCAUUCCUCAGAUUUAUAAGCAACUUCAAGAAAUGGAUGAAAGAAGGACUAUCAAACUUAGUGAAUGUUACAAAGGCUUUGCCGACUCUGAGCGCAAGGUUAUUCCGAUUAUCUCUAAAUGUUUAGAAGGGAUGAUCCUUGCAGCAAAAUCAGUUGAUGAACAUAGAGACUCUCAACUAGUGAUAGACUGCUUCAAAUCCGGUUUUGAACCUCCUGGAGAUUUUCCAUUUGAAGAUUACAGUCAGAAUAUUUACAGAACUAUCUCUGAUGGAACCAUCAGUACACCAAAGCAGGAAGGAAUGAGAAUUGAUUCAAAAACUACAGUGGGCAAGGCUAAAGGAAAGCUGUGGCUAUUUGGAAAGAAGCCAAAGGGCCCUGCGCUAGAAGACUUUAGCCAUCUCCCUCCAGAACAACGACGCAAGAAACUGCAACAGAGAAUCGAUGAACUCAACAGAGAACUACAGAAGGAAACAGACCAAAAAGAUGCCCUCAUCAAGAUGAAGGACGUUUAUGAAAAAAAUCCCCAGAUGGGUGAUCCAGGCAGUUUGCAACCAAAAUUAACUGAGACUAUGAGCAACAUGGACCGUCUUCGGAUGGAAAUACACAAGAAUGAGGCCUGGCUCUCUGAAGUUGAAGGUAAAGUAGCAGCCAGAAGCGACAGGCGGCACAGCAGUGAUAUCAACCACCUUGUAACACAGGGCAGAGAGAGCCCUGAAGGGAGUUACACGGAUGAUGCAAAUCAGGAAGUUCGAGGCCCACCACAGCAACAUGCACAUCCAAAUGAGUUUGAUGAUGAGUUUGAAGAUGAUGAUCCGUUACCAGCUAUAGGACAUUGCAAGGCAAUAUAUCCGUUUGAUGGUCAUAAUGAAGGCACUCUAGCAAUGAAAGAAGGGGAAAUUUUGUACAUUAUUGAGGAGGACAAAGGAGAUGGGUGGACAAGAGCUCGAAGACAUAAUGGAGAGGAAGGCUAUGUGCCAACAUCAUAUAUAGAUGUAACGCUAGAGAAAAACAGCAAAGGUUCCUGAAGCGGGUUUCUGAGAAAAUGGGCGAGAUCUUGAAGGAGGUUACAUGCAGCUGCUGGGGGGGUGGGGGGGGGCGGGGUAUUAGACUGGGAGGCCCAAGGGGAAAAGCUAGUUGCAUGAAUGCAUGCAGACAUACAUUUAGUCACUAACAUCUUAGCAUCUCCAUGCAUAGGUAAGGAUGUAUUACAAAUUCUUCCAUUUGUGCAGGAAAACAGAGUUCCAUUACCAGAGUAAAAAGGCUACUGCUCCUAAAAUUGCUUUAUUUUCAUUGUCCUAGGUUGUCCCAGACGCACAAACGAUAUUUUAGCUUGUGCUGUGUUUUGGUUGUCUCAAUCAUGCUCUCUUCCAACUCAUUUUAAUUGGCAGUCGUUUAGAACCAUAUGUCAGUUAUCAGUCUGCCUGUGCCACCUCCAUGCUCGCCCUUAACCUCCUCCUGCAUGCCUAGGACAGUCAGGCAUGUCUGCAUAACACUUUGCCAUCAUUGCUUGUCUUGUUUUGUAACAAAUCAUUUUGUUUAAAUAUCUUCAGCACUAGAGUUUCAUCCCAGUAUCCAUGUAUGCUGCUAUAACUAUACCACUGCAACCAUCAUUACAUUCCAGUUUUUGGCAUGACUGAUAAGAGACCAUAAUGUAUUUGUGUUGAUCUGGGGAAAAAAUACAUCUCAGCUCUAGCCUACAAUGCAAUCAAGAGAAACUCCUAGAACCGCGGUCCAUCUUCAGCACUUCAGUAACCUGUCGUGAGCACUGAAAACCUGGAACACCACCAGAGAGAUUUCACCACUGCAAGCUAAUGACUGUUUUCAGAAGUCAACCACUUGCCAUUCAAAUGCUGCCUUAAACUAGAGUGCCUAAAUCUGUUGGUUGCCAACACUACCACUUACAGUAUCCCACAAAGGGCUUUGUGUCUCAGCUCUUUUCACAGUGCUGCAGCUGCUGAGGUAGCCACGGUAGGUGUUUUCUAGAGCUCUACUUUACUGGAUACAUGGUGCGUCAUGAAUUUUAUACAUUGAAACGUGUAUCUCUUCAUUUGACUUUAAUAUUUUUAAAAAUAUUUUUAUGGAAACUGUCUUUUAGUUUUUGACUAUGAAGUUCCAAUUUUAAUUACUGCAGUGCUAGUCCAUUUCCAGGUGAUGCUUCAUUGUAUGGACCAGUUGAAAUUUGAGUGAUACUUCGUAAUGAUCUAUGUGCACUUUUACUUGUAAACAAUUGAAAUUUGGAUAUGUUUAUACGUGUAAAUAUAGUUGUCUGCAGUGCCCCUAUUGCUUAUGUUGUCUUGCCUCCCAUUUGUGGUUCCAUUAAUAACUACAUCGUAUCUGAUUUAUUAGGUUGAUAAGAAUUAGACUAGAGAUGUUGGGGGGAGGGAUACUUGUAUCAAAGCAAGCUUGUCAACCCAGCCACCUGCUGUUUGGGGAAAUGAAAUAAUAAUCAAAACAUCCUGUUUUUCUGGGGUCCGAAGCAAUAUUUGGAUGCAGCAGUGCUGGAUUCUUUUUAAUUUCAGUGUUAUUAGGAACUGUACUACCAGUAAAACUGAAUUUGAGUGACUUGUGUAGAGGUUUAUUCCUUUUGUUAUGUAUACCACUAUUACACAGCUUGACCUAGUGUAUUAUGGGGGCUAUUAAACUCUAAAGUUUAGAUUUUUGGAGCUUGUAUACAGGGUUAUUUAUAUAAUAAUGUGACAUUACUCAAUACUGACAAAACUACUUAGGUAGUUUUUUGGGUUUGGGGUUUGUUGGGGGUUUUUUGGUUUUUUGUUUUGGUUUUUUCUGUUUGUUUGUUUUGGUUUUUUAAUCUAGUGCUUUUUUAUUUUAAAGUUAGAGAAAAGGAGGAAAUGUGAUCUGUGUAGUUUCUUGCUAAAGGGCCUGUGGUUUGCCUGGCUAAACAGCCUUGCAGGUCAGUAAUAACACUUCCUGGUAAAGGACUAAAUGUUCUCUUCACGCUACUGUUUGUUUUUCUAAAACCAGGAUUUGCUUCCUUUGGAGGCAGGUUGCUUUCGUGAGGGAUAGUGCAACUUGUUUGAGGGUUAUUAAACAUAGGAAAAAAACAUUUGUACUUGCACAGCUAGUUAUAAAUCACUUAUUCUAAAAUUCUGAACGUGAGUUGUCUUAAAGAAUCUUACAUUUUCCAGUAAUUUUUAUUCCUUUUUUGUGCACAUGUUGAUUUCCUAAAUGUUAAAUGCUUUGUUUAAAAAUAGUGUUCUCUGUUGAGAAUAUUUUCAUGGAAUAAAAAAAUCUUUUCAUGGCCUAA